AUACUAAGAAAUAAAAACGCAAUAUGAACCGAUACGUUGAACUACAGUACCUUGGCGAGGGCACCUUUGGUUCUGUUACACUGAGACGCUGCCUGGAUUCUGGUGAGCUUGUCGCUGUCAAGAAAAUGAAAAGGAAAUUCUAUUCCUGGGAGGAGUGCUUGAAUCUCCGAGAGGUCAAGUCCCUGAAGACACUCAAACAUGCCAACGUGAUCAUGCUGAAGGAGGUCAUCCGGGAAAACGAUGAACUGUACUUUGUGUUCGAGUAUAUGAAGGAGAACCUCUACCAGCUAAUGAAAGAAAGAACACACAUGUUUCCAGAGUCUGAAGUGAGGAAUAUUAUGUAUCAGAUUCUACAGGGACUUGCUUUCAUUCACAAACAUGGUUUUUUUCAUAGAGACAUGAAGCCAGAGAAUAUUUUGUGCAUGGGUCCUGAUCUCGUGAAAAUUGCAGACUUUGGACUGGCACGAGAGAUCCGAUCUUGUCCUCCUUACACUGGCUAUGUGUCGACAAGAUGGUACCGAGCUCCAGAAGUGCUUCUUAAUUCCACAAGGUACAGCUCACCUAUAGACCAUUGGGCUAUAGGCUGUAUCAUGGCUGAACUCUACAAGCUCAGACCUCUGUUUCCUGGCUCCAGUGAAGUGGACACUAUUUUAAAGAUCUGCCAUGUUUUGGGAACUCCAAAACAGAGUGACUGGCCAGAAGGAUGCCUGCUGGCAGCUACCAUGGGUUUCCGCUGGCCACGCUGCGUGCCCAUGAACCUAGCCUCCCUGAUCCCCAACGCUAGCUCCGAAGCCAUUCAGCUGAUGAGAGACCUGCUGCAGUGGGACCCCAUAAAACGACCAGCAGCCUGCCAGGCCCUGCGCUAUCCCUACUUUCAUGUGGGUCAGGUCCUUGGUGCACCACAGCAGAUUCAGGACCAAGGAAAAACACAGCCUCCGCAACUCAGGCCAAAUCCUUCUCCUCAGAUCCCAACCCUCCCUUUACCUGAUACAACCUAUCAACCUCAACACCGUCCAGAGCCACCUAAAAGGCCAGGAAAGACAGAGGUCAGGACAGACAGAGCAGUGCGCAACCGCUUCCCUCAAAUACAUGACAAAGGCUUGCAGAGCAAGCCCAAAGGAGGCAGGAGGAGGUGGGGUAAUGUGGCGGGGGUCUUAAAAUGUGAAGACUGUGAUGAUUCUGAUGACGCAGACUCUACAAACACCACACCGAAAAAACUCUUUUUCACCAGCAAUGAAAAACAGCUACAGGGUGACAGCAGCGUGAACAGGCAGGGAAACGCUUUAGAUUUAGGUCUAUCCAACGUCAGGAAGGAUGAAGCGAUGGAGAGAAAUAUAAACAAAGCGCUGCCCUUCCAGGAGUCAUCCAGGACAGCAUUUGCCAAACAGCAUUACUUAAAGCAGUCAAGAUAUUUAACAGGGUUAAGAAUAAAGAAGAAUGUAGCAGUAAACGCAGCAAAGGACUACAGUGGAAACCUGUGGGAGGGCAGCAGAGUUCCUGUCGGUGGUACGCAUGUAGGUGGAUAUGCGCCCUCAGCUAAUAAGAAGGAGACUGAUUCAGCUAGCCAAAAAGUCCAUCUCACACCAGUUGAAUCAACAAUGUUGAAUUAUGCAAUGUGGAUAUCAAGCAGGUCAAAUACUCAUAUAGGUACUUCACCCUACGUGCCGUAUCCCAACACGAGCACACACGGCAUGCCGUCUCAGCCUUCAGUGCAGCCCGUUCACGGCCGCACAGACUGGACUGCCAAAUACGGACGCCGCUAGGCCAAAUCCAACUGGAUCCAAUCCGAAUCCAAUCCGAUUUGGCUGAUAGCUGCUCUCUCUACUCUGUGAUUUUUUUUUUCAUUUGUAAUUUCUUAUACUGCAAUAAACUUUACAUUCCUCUGUGUAAACGGUUUGUGUAUAGUUUUGAUUUUGAUUUUGCAAAAUAUGAAGAAUAAUCACAGUUGGUGGUGUCAAUGUUUCUGUUGCAAAUCCUGCAUAAUAAAAAUAAACAAAAAAGUGUACGCGUUAAUAUUUGCUCAAUGCAUUUGGUGACAUUAAAGGACUUUAAAUUUCUGGA